AUGUCAGAGGUAGUGUCAGAGGUUUGUUGUCCAUGUCAACUCAGAGCCUGCCGACCCUUGAGCUCCCCCCUCCGCGCCCCGUCAGGUGGUUUGAAGGGAUACUUGGAGCGCGCGCGAAGGCUACUCAAGGAUGCACAAGAAGGAGUCAAUCCCUUCUCAGGCCUGACGCCCCACGUACCGCAGGGUGCCAACUUGUCGGGCGCGAAUGGCCCGGGCAGCGCGGCCUUCGCGGAGAGUGAGCGCUUAGGGAUGAAAGAGUUGGCGAAGUGUGCCUUCUGCUUGGUCGCGGGUGGAUUGGGUGAACGUCUCGGCUUCCCUGGCAUCAAGAUUGGCAUCAUGUCUGACUCGAUUACUGGAAUGACGUUCCUGGAAGUCUACAUCUCUUACAUACAGGCGUGCCAGCAAUAUGCGAGAAAAGAGACGGGGAAAGCAGACCUGCAGGAGAAGGUGCCAGCGCUACUGGAUGUGGAUGCACGCAUCGCCGCGCACGACGGCUUCAUCGAGACAAAACCUCAUGGCCAUGGUGAUGUGCAUGGCAUUUUGCACCAACAUGGCUUGUCAACACGAUGGGCCGAAGAAGGUCGAGAAUGGCUCUUCAUUUUCCAAGAUACCAAUCCUCUGAGUUUUCGAAUUCUCUGCGCCACAUUGGGCGUUUCGGCCAAAGAGGGCUACGUCAUGAACAGUGUGGCCAUCCCGCGGAUACCCGGCGAAAACAUCGGCGGGAUCUGUCGACUGGUGGAUGAGAAGGGCCACAGCUUGACGUUGAAUGUGGAGUACAAUCAGCUGGACCCUUUGUUGAAGGAGACUCCAACUGGUGGAGAUGUGCCUGAUGAGUCUGGCUUCUCGCCCUUCCCUGGAAACAUCAACGUGCUUCUCUUCAAUCUCCCCGCCUAUGCGCGAUGUCUUCAACAGACAGGUGGCGUGGUGCCUGAGUUUGUGAAUCCCAAGUGGGCCAACAGCGAGAAGACAAAGCUGAAAUCCUCCACGAGGCUGGAGAGCAUGAUGCAAGAUUUUCCGCGACUUUGCCAACCAGGUGACAAGGUUGGGAUGACACAGCUGGAUCGUUGGAUCGCCAAAACAACUGUCAAGAACAAUCUGGAGGAUGCGCGGAAGAAGGUUCCGCCUGAGUGUGCCCUCACAGCAGAGGCUGACAUCUAUGCAUGCAAUGCAAAGCUCUUGACGUUGGCCGGUGACGUGGUCAUUGAAGAGCCAGAGGAGGUCUCAUUCUUGGGCAUCAAUGCUAAGCUAGGAGCGCAGAUCAUCAUCAAGCCCUCCUUUGCGAUUUGCUUGGAGCAACUGAAGAGCAAGAUCAGAGGGACGAUUCGCAUCUCCAAGAAGUCGACCCUGAUCCUGGAGGGCGAUGUCUCGGUGGAUGGCCUCCAGCUGAAGGGCGCACUGAGCCUCCGCGGUACUGGAAGCUUCGCAGGAGAGACGGGGAAACGACGUUCCAUCGAGAACAAGGGUGUGGUGUUGGUGCCGAUUCCUACGGACGAACUGCCAAAGUACCCGCCUUCCCUGCAGAUUCGUGGGUACAAGAAAGAGACCUUCGAACAAGAAGAUGUCAGUCUCACCUCCCGAUCCGGUUCAGUUUUCUUGCGCAGCUUCUGGCUCAGCUCGUUCUUGGGUAUGGCUGCCCUGCACGGGGUGCGGAGUCCACAGAGUGAUCCGCCAGAACCCUGCGUGGCCUUGUCAAUGGCAGGUGGUGGCCCCUUCAUCUUGUCAGAUUCAGACCAGUUGGUGGAGCAGGUGCUGCGUCUUUUUGGAUAUUUAGACGAUGAAUUCAAUGCGGACUUACGUGAGGUGAGGACGCAAAACGUGGAAUUGGAGAAUGCCAAGACUUGGAAAGAACAUACUCGAGAGAUCAAGGUGCCUCAUAUGCCAUACCAGAAGCUCACUUCUCAUCGGGCAGCCGUGUGCUUGCCCUACGACACCACCAUUUUUUCUCUUCAACGAGCUCUACGGAGUGCCCGACACGCACGAGAAGUGGCCUUGUUUUUGAUUGCCAACAUGCCAAUCUUCGUGCCGAAGGACCUUUGGAGGUGGCUGAUUGGUCCACACACCUUGCGCCAGAUGGAGUUUCUUCAUCAUCCGAGCCACGCCAAUUCAACUGAACCUCCUCCAGAGCCUUUGGAACUAUCUCCUUUCUUUGCAUCGAUACAUCAGCCAUUGGGUGUGGAGCAAGCUUUGGAAUGGUCCUCCUACAGCGACUGGGCGUUGUUGCCUCACGUCUUCUAUUUCCAGGGCAUUCCAGAACUCUUCAAGCAGCUCAUGGACAUGGAGGCCUUGCUGACGGCCUCUGCGGCCAUGAAGGCUUUCAACGAUGAGGAGCUGAUCUUUGCAGUGGAGCACUGGCGGAAGGUCGCGCAGAGGCGGAGAAGGGGGGGUCAUGGACUGCGCAGUCGUGCUGCGCUGCGACUGGAGGGCAGAAGGGCGGACUGGGGACAUAGGACUUCGAUGGACGGACUGGGCCGUUUCGAUGUGUCACGGGCGUCAGCUUUGAUGGUGGGGGGUUCUCAUUGUUGGUGA